AUGGCAGUAGACCUAGGUGAAAAGGGCAGUAAUGGAGAAAAGUAUUUAUCUGUAAUAAAAGAGUCAAUCAACAGACUGAUAUGUACACCAGAGGAUAGAAAGUGCUAUGCUGUAUUUAUGGAUGGAUAUAACGCAGUGUAUAAGUACUGUACAGAGAAUACAAAGGAGAAGUACAUCAUUGAGGGAGCAGAGGUAUAUAAGAUAUAUGACCAGCUAUUGAUCAAGCAUUUAAAAAGACUUCCAGAGGACUAUACGCUAGAAACAUUUGUUAGGUUUAUAGAUGGGUAUAUCCGGGCAAAUGAAAGAAUAUGCAAAAUGCUCUCUUUUCUGCAGAGAUACUUUGUGCGAGUUAAUCUGGAGAUAUCCAAUGCAAAUGUAGUUGAGCUAAAGGAUCUAUACUAUCAGCGGCUAUUUUCUAUUCUUAUAAAUGGCAAAGAAAGUAAGCUGCAUAUGAUGUUCGUGGAUGAACUAAAGGAGUAUCUGGAAAUAAAGUUGCAAAAGAAGGUUGAUGUAGGCGCAUACAAUAAGAAGCUGAAGAUACUUCGGGUUAUGGUGCGGGUUUAUAUAAAGAUAUGUGAAGUAUCGGAUCAGAAGAAGUCUCUAAAAAAGCUAUUUAAUGCAAUUGCAAAGUUUAUUGCGAUAUUGAAGAAAAAAGUGAGUGAGAAAGAGCAAAUUGAUUACAUUUACUAUAAAAUAGCUACUGUUGAUGGUCUGUUUAAAAACAAAGAGAAAAGUAAAAAGAAUCUAUAUCGAAUGGUUGAGGAGAAGCUAGAUGAUCAAAUUUUGAAAAACUUCAUUGAAGGGUUUGUUUCUAAAAUAAUGAGGACAGGGAUAAAUAAGAAAAGCCAUGCAGAAGUUGUGCCAUUCUACUCAUUUAUCGAUAGCUCGGUUAAAAGCAAGUCAAUUUUUGUAAAUACUGCCAUUCUGAUGAGCAUAAAGAUUGUUGAAAAAAUAACUGACUGUAGCUCGUUUCUCAAGUUCUGUAUAUUCAUGAACAAGCACUUUGAGUGCAUGCCGCGCACAUCCGGCAGUGUUAAAAAGGUGUUUGAACUGGUUUUAAGAAGAAAGCUAGAAUCACUACUUAUAACAAACACAGAUACGCUAGAAUUUGAAAAGCAGUUGUUGGGAGACAUUGAGACGCACAUGAAACAGAGAAAACAACCUCUUUUAGAGCUUUCUUUAAUUAUUUCAAAUGUUCCGGCGCAUAGAAAUAUGUUCUGGUCUGAGUUUAUAAUAGGAAUAAAAAACAGACUUAUUAUGGGAAGUUUGGCGGCAACUGAAAAAAAGCUGAUAAAUCUUAUCACAAAGCGGAUUGAGGCAUAUCGAGAGUCAAAGCUUAGGAAGAAUUUAAAGGUGCAUAAAACUGCACUGGAAUACAUAAAUAUAGAAACUCUCCAUAAAACGCAGGAGUACUAUGAUCCUGUAAAUUUUGAAGAAAUUCUUCUUUGUAUAAAGGACAUUGCAAUAAGUGAAAUAUAUUUCCGAACACAUAAGUCAGAUUUAAAGUCUGAUUGUUUUUUGCUCGCAUGUAUUAGAUGGAACUAUCCUGUAGUAAACAUCCGCAUCCCUGCUGAGCUAAAAGAGAUGUGGAGUAAUCUUAAUAAGUACUGCACAGAAAAAGGCCGUAAAUUUAUUCUUAAGCUUUGCCCUACAGUGUCCUCUGUUACUCUGGAGGUAAAUGAUAUAGAGGUAGAGUGUGAUGUUAUACAAGGCACAAUUCUUAUACUUUUGGCUAGAGCAGGAAUAGAAACAUUGGACAGCCUAGUUUAUGCAGUCUUGGUUGAUGUAACUGAUCAGGCCCAAGAAAUGAUAAAAACAAAAUUACAGACAUUAAUUGAUGCAUCUAUAAUUACAGAAAACAAUGGAAUAUACGAAAUCCAUAAGAAUCUUCCCAAAGAACCCAGGCGGAUAAAUAUAUUUUCCCCAGAUACUCAAAGUACACUCAGUGAGAUAACAACAGCUAAGUAUGCAUAUUCAAAGAGUGCUAUUGAGGCGUGCAUAGUAAGAACACUUAAAAAACAAACGGGGAUGGAAUCAUCCGAACUUAAACAGAUUGUUAUGAAAACUUUCCCACUUGAAGACCAGGAAUUGGAUGCAUAUAUAAUGGCUCUCCAAGAAAAGGGCCUUAUUUCUGCUUCAUCAAAUCUUCUUUAUUUUGUACCGUAGCUGUAUUCUAU